CGGGGAAGGGAAGAGAAUGGGAGCGAAGCCCCCGUUUGCGAGCGAGGCCUUGCGAGGGAGGGAGGCAUACCAGCGACACCACAGUACCAACACACCACACCACACGACGAGGCUCGCCUCGAUCGCUGCCGCUCCGCUUUCCCCCUUCCUUCCUUGUCCACCUCACUCUGCUUCCGAUCCUCGCCGCUUUGCGUCGCGCGGUGGAGUGUGGCGAAAGGCGCCCGCGCCGGAGUCUCGACGGAGGAUCGCGGUUGAGUCGAUGGAAGCGGAGCGGCGGAAUGGUCGUCGCAGGAAUUGAGGCUCGGAGGUUUAGAUAGGGAUAUGGAAGCCGGGGCGGGAAUGGGACGAGAUGCGGCGGUGUCCAAGAGCGAGGCCAACGGGAAGAGCAGCAGCAGCAGCGCCAACGGGAGCGCCAACGGGGAGGCGGUAGGAGGAGAGAACAUAGAGGAGAUGCCAUCGUCUUCCCCAUCUGCUGCGCAAGCAGUGGCGGGGCGGCAGCAGGUGGCGAUGGCCACGUUGCCGCGACCCGCGCCAGCGUUCCGAAUGGUGAGCGCCGUGAUCGAGAAGAAGGAGGAUGGACCGGGGCCGCGUUGCGGGCACACGUUGACGGCCGUGGCAGCGGUUGGGGAGGAAGGGACGCCGGGAUACGUCGGUCCGAGAUUGAUUUUGUUCGGGGGCGCGACUGCGUUGGAGGGGAAUUCGUCCGCCGCGGGCGGACCUCAGACUGCUGCUGCUGGUGCCGGCAUUCGGUUGGCGGGUGCAACCGCAGACGUGCACUGUUAUGACGUGACUAGCAGAAAAUGGUCAAGACUCAUUCCUGUUGGGGACCCACCUUCUCCGCGAGCAGCGCAUGCAGCCACAGCGGUGGGAACCAUGGUUGUUAUCCAGGGAGGAAUCGGACCGGCAGGAUUGUCAACAGACGACCUUCACGUACUGGAUCUAACUCAGGCGAAGCCCCGGUGGCACAGGGUGGUGGUCCAAGGAGCGGGGCCAGGGCCUCGGUAUGGGCAUGUGAUGUCGUUGGUGGGGCAGCGGUUUCUUUUAUCUAUUAGUGGGAACGACGGCAAGCGACCCCUAGCAGACGUGUGGGCUUUGGAUACAGCAGCUAAGCCGUACGAGUGGAGGAAGCUUGAUCCAGAGGGAGAGGGCCCUCCUCCAUGCAUGUAUGCGACUGCAUGUGCGCGAUCAGAUGGUCUGCUUCUUCUUUGUGGUGGGAGGGACGCAAACAGCGUGCCCUUGGAUACUGCUUACGGGCUUGCAAAACAUCGAGACGGGCGGUGGGAGUGGGCAGUAGCUCCUGGAAUAGCGCCAUCAGCACGUUAUCAGCAUGCUGCGGUACGUGGCUCCAUGAUACUGGAGUGCUUGUGUUGCAGACAAGCGCAUGUGAUGCAUAUUAAGAAAGUGCAUUUUGAGGAUGCCUGUGAGCAGUAUCGGCUAGGAAACUUGUUGCCUGUGAAGAUAUUUGGAGAUCUUCAUGGACUAUUUGGUGAUUUGAUGCGUCUGGGCGAUGAAUAUGGAUCUCCUUCUACAGCAGGAGACAUUACAUAUAUUGAUUAUCUUUUCUUGGGAGAUUAUGUUGAUCGGGGGCAGCAUAGCUUAGAAACUAUCACUCUUUUACUUGCUCUGAAGAUUGAGUAUCCAAAUAAUGUACAUCUUAUUCGUGGAAAUCAUGAAGCUGCUGAUAUAAAUGCUCUGUUUGGGUUUCGCAUCGAAUGCAUCGAGCGUAUGGGUGAGCGUGAUGGAAUAUGGGCUUGGCAACGCAUCAACCAACUGUUCAACUGGCUGCCGCUUGCUGCCCUUAUAGAGAAGAAGAUUAUCUGCAUGCAUGGAGGAAUCGGGAGAUCGAUCAAUCACCUACAUCAAAUUGAAUCCCUGCAACGGCCCAUCACUAUGGAAGCGGGCUCUGUUGUGCUUAUGGACCUUCUUUGGUCUGAUCCAACAGAGAAUGAUAGUGUGGAGGGCCUGCGACCAAACGCACGAGGCCCAGGGCUAGUGACCUUUGGGCCGGACCGUGUCAUGGAGUUUUGUAAAAAUAAUGACCUUCAACUUAUUGUGCGGGCACAUGAGUGCGUGAUGGACGGGUUUGAGCGUUUUGCUCAAGGGCACCUAAUUACUCUGUUUUCUGCUACGAAUUACUGCGGCACUGCCAACAAUGCGGGUGCAAUUUUGGUUUUGGGAAGGGACUUGGUGGUGGUGCCGAAGCUAAUCCAUCCCAUCCCUCCUGCCAUCACGUCCCCUGAAUCGUCACCAGAGCGGCAUCUUGAAGACACGUGGAUGCAGGAAUUGAAUGUGCAAAGGCCGCCUACUCCCACUCGAGGGCGACCGCAAGCGGGAAAUGAUCGGGGUUCUUUAGCCUGGAUUUGAUGGUUAGAGUAGAUUUGGCUAUAUGUAGGGCAAGUCACCUUAUGGUGGAGAUUAGUUUGAGGAUUGUAGGUUUUGUAAAGUAUGCCAAUGUGCACUGCUUUAGGAAUAACAAGUCACUUCCGGUUCCUAUUC